UUAAUGUCUUUCUUCAGAUGACGAAGAGCCUCUUUUACCACAGACUGAAUCACGUGACAGACAGUGAUCAGGAGCACAGGUGAGUCUCAAACCGAAAGUGUUUCAGAGACUUCUGGAUUCUGUUCCUGCAGGACAAGACCGUCUGUGCUGCUGAAGUCAUGCUGAGCAUCUGAUGGUCUUCAGCGACACAGAGAUACCAGAGCUGAGCUGUUUUCAGUGUCAGUUUAUCUGCAGUAAUGUCAGACGAGCGAGGAAAGGACUCUCUCUCUAAGAUGAGUCUCUCAGAGGAACAGAGUGAAAGAUCAGACUCACAUGUGUCCAGCUCUGUGUCUGUGAAGAGUGACCGGUCAAAAGGUGAAGUACCAAAAUUCAGUGAGAGAAAACCAUCAACUAACAAAAGUGUAAGAUCAGACUCACAUGUGUCCAGCUCUGUGUCUGUGAAGAGUGACUGGUCAAAAGGUGAAGUACCAAAAUUCAGUGAGAGAAAACCAUCAACUAUCAGAAGGCUUCAAUAUGAGACGUUAGACUCAGACAUUCAGACUCACAGGAACCACAAGAGUUUCAAAGACAAUCUCCUGUGGAUCUUCCAGGAUCUUGAGAGCAAAAUAAUCACGUUUCUGAAGAAUGAACUUGAAAAGUUUAAGAAAAUAUUACAAAAAGAGAACACACAACACUUUGUGAAGGACUUUAAUGAGAAUAGAUGCAGUACCAAAGCAGCAGCUCUUGAUCUCACACUACAUUACCUGAGAGAGAUGAAGCAAGAUGAAGCUGCUGAUGCUCUAGAAGAUGAGCUGCUCUUCAUUCAUCAGCUAAAAUGUGGCCUAAAGAAGAAGUAUCAAUGUGUGUUCGAAGGAAUUGCGAAGCAAGGUGACUCCACACUUCUGAAUAACAUCUACACAGAUCUCUAUAUCACUCAGGGUGGCAGUGAACAGGUCAAUACUGAACAUGAGGUCAGACAGAUUGAAGUUGCUUCCAGGCGUCAUGAAUCUCAAGAGAUACAGGUUAAAUGCACACAAUUGUUUGAAGCACCUGAACAAGACGAGGAGAUCCGAACUGUACUGACAAAAGGAGUCGCUGGCAUCGGAAAAUCAGUCUCUGUGCAAAAGUUUGUUCUGGACUGGGCUGAAGGAAAAGAAAAUCAAGAUAUCAGCUUCAUAUUUCCUCUUCCAUUCAGAGAGAUGAACUUAAAGGAGAAAGAAAGACUAAGUUUGAUGGACCUUAUAACUCAGUUUUUCCCAGAGACAAAAGGACUGAACCUUACAAGAAGGAAUCAAUUCAAAGUCUUGUUCAUUCUUGAUGGAUUGGACGAAUGUCGUCUUCCUCUGAAGUUUGAUCAUAAUGAGACGUGGCGUGAUGUAUCGUCACCAGCCUCUCUGGAUGUUCUCCUAACAAACCUCAUGAAGUUAAAUCUGCUUCCUUCUGCUCUCAUCUGGAUCACCACCAGACCAACAGCUGCCAGUAAGAUUCCUCCUGACUGUAUCGACCGGCUGACAGAGAUACGAGGAUUCAGUGACGCUCAAAAGGAAGAGUACUUAAAGAAAAGAUUCACGGAUCAGAAUCAGGCCAACACAAUCAUUGAUCAUGUUAAAAAAUCAAAGAGUCUCUUUAUCAUGUGCCACAUCCCAGUCUUCUGCUGGAUUUCAGCCACUGUUCUCCAGAACAUUCUGGAGGAGAAAAGAAAUAAUGAUGUGAAAAACAAUCAGGCUGAUGAGAUCUCUAAAACACAGCAGGAAUCAAAUACUGAAGACACUCCCAAGACUCUGACACAAAUGUACACACACUUUCUCCGCUUUCAGAUCCAGCAGAGCCGCAGAAAGUAUGAUGGAGAAUACGCAGCAGAUGUUUUCUGGGAUAAAGACGCCAUCCUUUCACUGGGAAAACUGGCAUUUCAUCAGCUGGAAAGAAACAACGUGAUCUUCUAUGACACAGACCUGGAAGCCUGUGGUAUUGACGUCUAUAAGGCAUCAGUGUACUCAGGCAUGUGUACCCAGAUCUUUAAGGAGGAAACCGGGAUCACUCUUGGUACCAUGUACUGCUUUGUUCACUUGAGCAUUCAAGAGUUUAUUGCAGCCCUUUAUGCACAUCUGUUACUAGACAUCAACAAGACAAGUGUGUUUGAUCAUGAGUCUACAGAACAGGAAAACAAAAAUGAAACCAUGAUUGAUUUUCUCAAGACUGCAGUGGACAAGGCGCUCAAGAGUGAGAAUGGACACCUGGACCUUUUCCUUCGCUUCCUCCUCGGUCUGUCACUCCAGUCCAAUCGACGACUCUUACGAGGUCUGUUAACACAGCAAGACGACAAUGACCAGAGCAACAAGGGAAUAGUUCAGUACAUCAAGCAGAAAUUAGAAGAUAAUGUGCCUGCAGAGAGAUCCAUCAAUCUGUUUUACUGUCUGAAUGAACUGAACGACCAAACUCUGGUGAAGGAGAUUCAGACCCACCUUAGCAAAGGAAGCCUCUCAUCUGGUGACCUUUCACCUGCCCAGUGGUCUGCUUUGGUCUUUGUGUUGUUGACAUCAGAGGAAGAGCUGGAGGAGUUUGAUCUUCAGAAAUUCAAGAAAUCAGACGAGUGUCUCAUUAGAUUAUCGGCAGUCAUCAAAACCUCCAGAAGAGCUCUGUUAAAUAAUUGUAACUUAACAGACAAAAGCUGUUCAGCUCUGGCUACAGUUCUUGGAUCAGAUACUACUCUGAAAGAGCUGAACAUGAAUAAUAAUAACCUUCAUGAUUCAGGAGUGAAGCAGCUCUGCACUGGACUGACGAAUAUAAAGUGUAAAUUGGAGAUAUUGAGGUUAAGUGACUGUGAUAUGACAGAUGAAGGUUGUUCUGCUCUGACUUCAGCUCUGAAAUCAAACCCGUCACACCUGAGAGAGCUGGACCUGAGCUGGAAUAAACUAGGAGACUCUGGAGUGAAAAACCUCAGUGAUCUACUGAUGAACCCACAAUUCAAGCUGGAGAAACUAGAUCUGAAUAGAUGCAGUAUUACAGAGAAACAGUGUGUCAUCCUGACUUCAGCUCUGAAAUCAAACCCGUCACACCUGAGAGAGCUGGACCUGAGCUGGAAUAAACUAGGAGACUCUGGAGUGAAAAACCUCAGUGAUCUACUGAUGAACCCACAAUUCAAGCUGGAGAAACUAGAUCUGAGUGUUUGCAGUAUUACAGAGAAACAGUGUGUCAUCCUGACUUCAGCUCUGAAAUCAAACCCGUCACACCUGAGAGAGCUGAACCUGAGCAGGAAUAUAAUAGGAAACACAGGAGUGAAGCACUUAUGUGACGUACUGAAGGAUUCACACUGUAAACUGGAGAGAUUGAGGUUAAGCUGCUGUUAUAUGACAGAUGAAGGUUGUUCUGCUCUGACUUCAGCUCUGAAAUCAAACCCGUCACACCUGAGAGAGCUGGACCUGAACGUAAAUAAACUAGGAGACUCUGGAGUGAAAAACCUCAGUGAUCUACUGAUGAACCCACAAUUCAAGCUGGAGAAACUAGAUCUGAGUGGAUGCAGUAUUACAGAGGAACAGUGUGUCAUCUUGACUUCAGCUCUGAAAUCAAACCCGUCACACCUGAGAGAGCUGAACCUGAGCAGGAAUAUAAUAAAAAACACAGGAGUGAAGCACUUAUGUGACGUACUGAAGGAUUCACACUGUAAACUGGAGAGAUUGAGGUUAAGCUGCUGUUAUAUGACAGAUGGAGGUUGUUCUGCUCUGACUUCAGCUCUGAAAUCAAACCCGUCACACCUGAGAGAGCUGGACCUGAGCUGGAAUAAACUAGGAGACUCUGGAGUGAAAAACCUCAGUGAUCUACUGAUGAACCCACAAUUCAAGCUGGAGAAACUAGAUCUGAAUAGAUGCAGUAUUACAGAGAAACAGUGUGUCAUCCUGACUUCAGCUCUGAAAUCAAACCCGUCACACCUGAGAGAGCUGAACCUGAGCGGGAAUAAAAUAAAAAACACAGGAGUGAAGCACUUAUGUGACGUACUGAAGGAUUCACACUGUAAACUGGAGAGAUUGAGGUUAAGUGACUGUGAUAUGACAGAUGAAGGUUGUUCUGCUCUGACUUCAGCUCUGAAAUCAAACCCGUCACACCUGAGAGAGCUGGACCUGAGCUGGAAUAAACUAGGAGACUCUGGAGUGAAAAACCUCAGUGAUCUACUGAUGAACCCACAAUUCAAGCUGGAGAAACUAGAUCUGAGUGUUUGCAGUAUUACAGAGGAACAGUGUGUCAUCCUGACUUCAGCUCUGAAAUCAAACCCGUCACACCUGAGAGAGCUGAACCUGAGCGUGAAUAUAAUAGGAAACACAGGAGUGAAGCACUUAUGUGACGUACUGAAGGAUUCACACUGUAAACUGGAGAGAUUGAGGUUAAGCUGCUGUUAUAUGACAGAUGAAGGUUGUUCUGCUCUGACUUCAGCUCUGAAAUCAAACCCAUCACACCUGAGAGAGCUGAACCUGAACGUAAAUAAACUAGGAGACUCAGGAGUGAAAAACCUCAGUGAUCUACUGAUGAACCCACAAUUCAAGCUGGAGAAACUAGAUCUGAGUGGAUGCAGUAUUACAGAGGAACAGUGUGUCAUCUUGACUUCAGCUCUGAAAUCAAACCCGUCACACCUGAGAGAGCUGAACCUGAGCGGGAAUAAAAUAAAAAACACAGGAGUGAAGCACUUAUGUGACGUACUGAAGGAUUCACACUGUAAACUGGAGACAUUGAGGUUAAGUGACUGUGAUAUGACAGAUGAAGGUUGUUCUGCUCUGACUUCAGCUCUGAAAUCAAACCCAUCACACCUGAGAGAGCUGGACCUGAGCUGGAAUAAACUAGGAGACUCUGGAGUGAAAAACCUCAGUGAUCUACUGAUGAACCCACAAUUCAAGCUGGAGAAACUAGAUCUGAAUAGAUGCAGUAUUACAGAGAAACAGUGUGUCAUCCUGACUUCAGCUCUGAAAUCAAACCCGUCACACCUGAGAGAGCUGAACCUGAGCAGGAAUAUAAUAGGAAACACAGGAGUGAAGCACUUAUGUGACGUACUGAAGGAUUCACACUGUAAACUGGAGAGAUUGAGGUUAAGCUGCUGUGAUAUGACAGAUGAAGGUUGUUCUGCUCUGACUUCAGCUCUGAAAUCAAACCCAUCACACCUGAGAGAGCUGAACCUGAGCGAGAAUGAUCUAGGAGCCUCUGGAGUGAAAAACCUCAGUGAUCUACUGAUGAACCCACAAUUCAAGCUGGAGAAACUACAUCUGAGUUACUGCAGUAUUACAGAGGAACAGUGUCUCAUCCUGACUUCAGCUCUGAAAUCAAACCCAUCACACCUGAGAGAGCUGAACCUGAGCUGGAAUAAUCUAGGAGACUCUGGAGUGAAAAACCUCAGUGAUCUACUGAUGAACCCACAAUUCAAGCUGGAGAAACUAGAUCUGAAUAGAUGCAGAAUUACAGAGAAACAGUGUCUCAUCCUGACUUCAGCUCUGAAAUCAAACCCAUCACACCUGAGAGAGCUGAACCUGAGCUGGAAUAAUCUAGGAGACUCUGGAGUGAAAAACAUCAGUGAUCUACUGAUGAACCCACAAUUCAAGCUGGAGAAACUAGAUCUGAAUAGAUGCAGUAUUACAGAGAAACAGUGUGUCAUCCUGACUUCAGCUCUGAAAUCAAACCCGUCACACCUGAGAGAGCUGAACCUGAGCAGGAAUAUAAUAAAAAACACAGGAGUGAAGCACCUAUGUGACGUACUGAAGGAUUCACACUGUAAACUGGAGAGAUUGAGGUUAAGAUACUGUGAUAUGACAGAUGAAGGUUGUUCUGCUCUGACUUCAGCUCUGAAAUCAAACCCAUCACACCUGAGAGAGCUGAACCUGAGCUGGAAUAAACUAGGAGACUCUGGAGUGAAAAACCUCAGUGAUCUACUGAUGAACCCACAAUUCAAGCUGGAGAAACUACAUCUGAAUAGAUGCAGAAUUACAGAGGAACAGUGUCUCAUCCUGACUUCAGCUCUGAAAUCAAACCCAUCACACCUGAGAGAGCUGGACCUGAGCUGGAAUAAACUAGGAAACACAGGAGUGAAAAACCUCAGUGAUCUACUGAUGAACCCACAAUUCAAGCUGGAGAAACUAGAACUCUCUAACUGCAGUGUAACAGAAGAAGGUUAUAAAGCUCUGGCUUCAGCUCUGAGAUCAAACCCUUCACACCUGAUAGAGCUGGAUCUCACAGGAAAUGAUCCUGGACAAUCAGGAGUGAAGGAGCUCGAUGAUUUACUACAGGAUCCAAACUGUCAACUGAAGACACUGAGGUGUUUGAGUCCUGCUGCAGAUGAAGCCUGUCAGUAUGUGAACAGAGUUGUGGGUAAAAACCUGUUACUCCUGAGAGAGCUGAAUCUGAGUGAACAUGAACUAGGAGAUUCAGGAGUGAAUCAGAUCUCUGCUCUACUGCAGGAUAAACACUGUCGACUCAACACACUGACGUUAAGCUGCUGUUGUAUGACAGAUGAAGGUUGUUCUGCUCUGACUUCAGCUCUGAAAUCAAACCCAUCACACCUGAGAGAGCUGAACCUGAGCUGGAAUAAACUAGGAGACUCUGGAGUGAAAAACCUCAGUGAUCUACUGAUGAACCCACAAUUCAAGCUGGAGAAACUAGAUCUGAAUAGAUGCAGUAUUACAGAGGAACAGUGUGUCAUCCUGACUUCAGCUCUGAAAUCAAACCCAUCACACCUGAGAGAGCUGAACCUGAGCGUGAAUAAUCUAGGAGCCUCUGGAGUGAAAAACCUCAGUGAUCUACUGAUGAACCCACAAUUCAAGCUGGAGAAACUAGAACUCUCUAACUGCAGUGUAACAGAAGAAGGUUAUAAAGCUCUGGCUUCAGCUCUGAGAUCAAACCCUUCACACCUGAUAGAGCUGGAUCUCACAGGAAAUGAUCCUGGACAAUCAGGAGUGAAGGAGCUCGAUGAUUUACUACAGGAUCCAAACUGUCAACUGAAGACACUGAGGUUUUUGAGUCCUGCUGCAGAUGAAGCCUGUCAGUAUGUGAACAGAGUUGUGGGUAAAAACCCGUUACUCCUGAGAGAGCUGAAUCUGAGUGAACAUAAACUAGAAGACACACGAGUGAAUCAGAUCUCUGCUCUACUGCAGGAUAAACACUGUCGACUCAACACACUGACUCUGAGUGGAUGCAGUAUUACAGAGAAACAGUGUCUCAUCCUGACUUCAGCUCUGAAAUCAAACCCGUCACACCUGAGAGAGCUGAACCUGAGCAGGAAUAAUCUAGGAGAUUCUGGAGUGAAAAACCUCAGUGAUCUACUGAUGAACCCACAAUUCAAGCUGGAGAAACUAGAUCUGAGUGUUUGCAGUAUUACAGAGAAACAGUGUGUCAUCCUGACUUCAGCUCUGAAAUCAAACCCAUCACACCUGAGAGAGCUGAACCUGAGCGUGAAUAUAAUAGGAAACACAGGAGUGAAGCACUUAUGUGACGUACUGAAGGAUUCACACUGUAAACUGGAGAGAUUGAGGUUAAGCUCCUGUUAUAUGACAGAUGAAGAUUGUUCUGCUCUGACUUCAGCUCUGAAAUCAAACCCGUCACACCUGAGAGAGCUGAACCUGAGCGGGAAUAAACUAGGAGACUCUGGAGUGAAAAACCUCAGUGAUCUACUGAUGAACCCACAAUUCAAGCUGGAGAAACUAGAUCUGAGUGGAUACAGUUUUACAGAGGAACAGUGUGUCAUCCUGACUUCAGCUCUGAAAUCAAACCCAUCACACCUGAGAGAGCUGAACCUGAGCGGGAAUAAAAUAAAAAACACAGGAGUGAAGCACUUAUGUGACGUACUGAAGGAUUCACACUGUAAACUGGAGAGAUUGAGGUUAAGUGACUGUGAUAUGACAGAUGAAGAUUGUUCUGCUCUGACUUCAGCUCUGAAAUCAAACCCAUCACACCUGAGAGAGCUGAACCUGAGCUGGAAUAAUCUAGGAGCCUCUGGAGUGAAAAACCUCAGUGAUCUACUGAUGAACCCACAAUUCAAUCUGGAGAAACUAGAUCUGAGUUACUGCAGUAUUACAGAGGAACAGUGUGUCAUCCUGACUUCAGCUCUGAAAUCAAACCCGUCACACCUGAGAGAGCUGAACCUGAGCGGGAAUAUAAUAAAAAACACAGGAGUGAAGCACUUAUGUGACGUACUGAAGGAUUCACACUGUAAACUGGAGAGAUUGAGGUUAAGAUACUGUGAUAUGACAGAUGAAGGUUGUUCUGCUCUGACUUCAGCUCUGAAAUCAAACCCAUCACACCUGAGAGAGCUGAACCUGAGCAGGAAUGAACUAGGAGACUCUGGAGUGAAAAACCUCAGUGAUCUACUGAUGAACCCACAAUUCAAGCUGGAGAAACUAGAUCUGAAUAGAUGCAGUAUUACAGAGAAACAGAGUCUCAUCCUGACUUCAGCUCUGAAAUCAAACCCAUCACACCUGAGAGAGCUGAACCUGAGCUGGAAUGAUCUAGGAGACUCAGGAGUGAAAAACCUCAGUGAUCUACUGAAGAACCCACAAUUCAAGCUGGAGAAACUAGAACUCUCUAACUGCAGUGUAACAGAAGAAGGUUAUAAAGCUCUGGCUUCAGCUCUGAGAUCAAACCCUUCACACCUGAUAGAGCUGGAUCUCACAGGAAAUGAUCCUGGACAAUCAGGAGGGAAGGAGCUCGAUGAUUUACUACAGGAUCCAAACUGUCAACUGAAGACACUGAGGUUUUUGAGUCCUGCUGCAGAAGAAGCCUGUCAGUAUGUGAACAGAGUUGUGGGUAAAAACCCGUUACUCCUGAGAGAGCUGAAACUGAGUGAACGUAAACUAGGAGACACACGAGUGAAUCAGAUCUCUGCUCUACUGCAGGAUAAACACUGUCGACUCAACACACUGACGUUAAGCUCCUGUUAUAUAACAGAUGAAGGUUGUUCUGCUCUGACUUCAGCUCUGAAAUCAAACCCGUCACACCUGAGAGAGCUGAAACUGAGCUGGAAUGAUCUAGGAGACUCUGGAGUGAAAAACCUCAGUGAUCUACUGAUGAACCCACAAUUCAAGCUGGAGAAACUACAUCUGAAUAGAUGCAGUAUUACAGAGAAACAGUGUGUCAUCCUGACUUCAGCUCUGAAAUCAAACCCAUCACACCUGAGAGAGCUGAACCUGAGCUGGAAUGAACUAGGAGACUCUGGAGUGAAAAACCUCAGUGAUCUACUGAUGAACCCACAAUUCAAGCUGGAGAAACUAGAUCUGAAUAGAUGCAGAAUUACAAAGGAACAGUGUGUCAUCCUGACUUCAGCUCUGAAAUCAAACCCGUCACACCUGAGAGAGCUGAACCUGAGCUGGAAUAAUCUAGGAGACUCAGGAGUGAAAAACCUCAGUGAUCUACUGAUGAACCCACAAUUCAAGCUGGAGAAACUAGAUCUGAAUAGAUGCAGUAUUACAGAGGAACAGUGUGUCAUCCUGACUUCAGCUCUGAAAUCAAACCCAUCACACCUGAGAGAGCUGAACCUGAGCUGGAAUAAACUAGGAGACUCAGGAGUGAAGCACUUAUGUGACGUACUGAAGGAUUCACACUGUAAACUGGAGAGAUUGAGGUUAAGAUACUGUGAUAUGACAGAUGAAGGUUGUUCUGCUCUGACUUCAGCUCUGAAAUCAAACCCAUCACACCUGAGAGAGCUGAACCUGAGCAGGAAUGAACUAGGAGACUCUGGAGUGAAAAACCUCAGUGAUCUACUGAUGAACCCACAAUUCAAGCUGGAGAAACUAGAUCUGAAUAGAUGCAGUAUUACAGUGAAACAGUGUCUCAUCCUAAAUUCAGCUCUGAAAUCAAACCCGUCACACCUGAGAGAGCUGAACCUGAGCUGGAAUGAACUAGGAGACUCUGGAGUGAAAAACCUCAGUGAUCUACUGAUGAACCCACAAUUCAAGCUGGAGAAACUAGAACUCUCUAACUGCAGUGUAACAGAAGAAGGUUAUAAAGCUCUGGCUUCAGCUCUGAGAUCAAACCCUUCACACCUGAUAGAGCUGGAUCUCACAGGAAAUGAUCCUGGACAAUCAGGAGUGAAGGAGCUCGAUGAUUUACUACAGGAUCCAAACUGUCAACUGAAGACACUGAGGUUUUUGAGUCCUGCUGCAGAUGAAGCCUGUCAGUAUGCGAACAGAGUUGUGGGUAAAAACCCGUUACUCCUGAGAGAGCUGAAUCUGAGUGGACAUGAACUAGGAGACUCAGGAGUGAAUCAGAUCUCUGCUCUACUGCAGGAUAAACACUGUCGACUCAACACACUGACGUUAAAGUCCUGUGAUAUGACAGAUGAAGGUUGUUCUGCUCUGACUUCAGCUCUGAAAUCAAACCCAUCACACCUGAGAGAGCUGAACCUGAGUGUGAAUGAACUAGGAGACUCUGGAGUGAAAAACCUCAGUGAUCUACUGAUGAACCCACAAUUCAAGCUGGAGAAACUAGAACUCUCUAACUGCAGUGUAACAGAAGAAGGUUAUAAAGCUCUGGCUUCAGCUCUGAGAUCAAACCCUUCACACCUGAUAGAGCUGGAUCUCACAGGAAAUGAUCCUGGACAAUCAGGAGUGAAGGAGCUCGAUGAUUUACUACAGGAUCCAAACUGUCAACUGAAGACACUGAGGUUUUUGAGUCCUGCUGCAGAUGAAGCCUGUCAGUAUGCGAACAGAGUUGUGGGUAAAAACCCGUUACUCCUGAGAGAGCUGAAUCUGAGUGAACAUAAACUAGGAGACACACGAGUGAAUCAGAUCUCUGCUCUACUGCAGGAUAAACACUGUCGACUCAACACACUGACGUUAAAGUCCUGUGAUAUGACAGAUGAAGGUUGUUCUGCUCUGACUUCAGCUCUGAAAUCAAACCCAUCACACCUGAGAGAGCUGAACCUGAGUGUGAAUGAACUAGGAGACUCUGGAGUGAAAAACCUCAGUGAUCUACUGAUGAACCCACAAUUCAAGCUGGAGAAACUAGAACUCUCUAACUGCAGUGUAACAGAAGAAGGUUAUAAAGCUCUGGCUUCAGCUCUGAGAUCAAACCCUUCACACCUGAUAGAGCUGGAUCUCACAGGAAAUGAUCCUGGACAAUCAGGAGUGAAGGAGCUCGAUGAUUUACUACAGGAUCCAAACUGUCAACUGAAGACACUGAGGUUUUUGAGUCCUGCUGCAGAUGAAGCCUGUCAGUAUGCGAACAGAGUUGUGGGUAAAAACCCGUUACUCCUGAGAGAGCUGAAUCUGAGUGAACAUAAACUAGGAGACACACGAGUGAAUCAGAUCUCUGCUCUACUGCAGGAUAAACACUGUCGACUCAACACACUGACUCUGAGUGGAUGCAGUAUUACAGAGGAACAGUGUGUCAUCCUGACUUCAGCUCUGAAAUCAAACCCGUCACACCUGAGAGAGCUGGACCUGAGCGGGAAUAAAAUAAAAAACACAGGAGUGAAGCACUUAUGUGACGUACUGAAGGAUUCACACUGUAAACUGGAGAGAUUGAGGUUAAGUGACUGUGAUAUGACAGAUGAAGAUUGUUCUGCUCUGACUUCAGCUCUGAAAUCAAACCCAUCACACCUGAGAGAGCUGAACCUGAGCUGGAAUAAACUAGGAGACUCUGGAGUGAAAAACCUCAGUGAUCUACUGAUGAACCCACAAUUCAAGCUGGAGAAACUAGAUCUGAGUUACUGCAGUAUUACAGAGGAACAGAGUCUCAUCCUGACUUCAGCUCUGAAAUCAAACCCAUCACACCUGAGAGAGCUGAACCUGAGCUGGAAUAUAAUAAAAAACACAGGAGUGAAGCACUUAUGUGACGUACUGAAGGAUUCACACUGUAAACUGGAGAGAUUGAGUCUACAGCACUGUGGCAUUACAGAUGUUUCUUCUUUAACUCAGUCUUUGACUAAAUCAAAAGCACUGCAGUUUUUAAAAGAUCUUGAUCUAAGACUGAAUAAGAUAGGAGACUCAAAGCAGCGGCUCCGUGACGUGCUACGAGACUCAAACUGUGACCUGAGAGUAGAUGAAGAUUAAUCACCAACGUCCCUGAUUGAUCGUUUACAUCAGUUUAAAUCUGUGAAAUGAUCAUGAGAGGAUCAGUGACCAUCAGAUGAUCCACAGAAGAGCCUCUACUGCGUCUAUGAGGAGAAAUAAAUGUGUGAUUAAUGUGUAAAAAGCAGCAUGUGUGUUAGAAACAUGUGAUAUUGAAUGAUUAAACUCAUCUAUAAUGAUUAAAAUGUUUCUAAUCUUAAAUAUGAUUUAGUACAUAAAUGUAUCAUAUGAUAUAAAGUAAGUCUACAAUGUGAAAUUCGCAUGUUAAAAAAAAAAGUUUUCAAACCUUUUUAUGCACAGAAUAUGUUUAUUUUUGCUAUUCUGUUUUAUUUUAUAAUAUUUUAUGUCUGUAUCUGUUGUUAAAGCACAGAUCUACAGUAUAUUGUGUUUGUUCUGUGGAUGGAGUCUCUUCUCCUCUACAGACCAACUAAACAUUUUACCAGUUAACAGUAUUUUGUUCCUUCACUUGCUCUGGUCUAGAGAGUCUAAUGCAUUUUGUUUAGAAAUUAUAAUCUUCUCUUUCACCACAUUUACAUUCACAUGGAAAUAAAAUGAUAAAUAUACA